AUGAGGAACAAAUGGUUUCGGUUUUGCCUGGACAUCAAUGUCACCUUGCAAGCCCGGAGAGAAGGCAGAGUCUUCAACCGAAUCAAUGAGCUGCGAGGCACGCAGUACUGGCCUGCUUGUGGGCCUCAGUGGAGAGCAGUCGGUACCAAUGUUCUGAAUAUUCAAGGUCACCGUGCAUCAUCCACGAGUUCGUCAUCUGCAUCUCCGGCAAGCAAGAAUGCCUCGCAGUCCCCGAGGCCACUGGACGGGAUCAUGGUUGUGAGUAUCGAGCAGGCCAUCGCGGCGCCUUUUUGUACCCGGCAACUGGCCGAUCAAGGGGCUCGGGUGAUCAAAAUCGAGCGUCCGGGGGUAGGCGACUUUGCACGGGACUACGACACGCGGGUCAACGGACUAGCCUCUCAUUUCGUAUGGACAAAUCGGUCGAAGGAAAGCCUGGCGUUGGACCUCAAAGCGCCCAAGGACUUGGAGGUUGUGAAAAGGCUCCUUCCCCGUGCGGACGUACUGGUCCAGAACCUCGCUCCCGGAGCCACCGCACGCCUGGGUCUUUCAUACGAGCAACUCAAGGCCAGUCAUCCAUCUCUGAUCGACGGGCCAUAUAGCAAGAAGAAGGCGUAUGACCUCCUAGUCCAAGCAGAGGCAGGUAUGCUCUCUAUCACCGGCACCAAGAGCGAACCUGCCAAAGUGGGUAUUUCCAUUGCCGACAUCGCGGCGGGCAUGUAUGCCUACAGCAACAUCCUCGCCGCAUUGAUGCUGCGGCAGAAGACAGGGAAAGGCAGCAAGCUUGACAUCUCCUUGCUGGAAAGCAUGGUCGAGUGGAUGGGCUUUCCAUUGUACUACACCUAUGACGGUGCGCAAGCGCCGACGCGUGCCGGAGCCUCGCAUGCGGCGAUCUACCCGUACGGGCCGUUCGAGACGGGCGACGGCGGCUCCGUCAUGCUCGGCAUCCAGAACGAGCGCGAGUGGGCCAAGUUCUGCAGCAUCGUGCUCGAGGACUCUAGUUUGACCCUCGACACGCGGUUCGCCAACAAUUCGUUGCGUGUCCAGAACCGGGACGAGCUCCGCGACCUCAUCUACAAGGCCCUCAGCAAGUACACUAUGUCCGAGGCUGUGGCGAAGCUUGAGGAGGCCUCGAUCGCUAAUGCCGCCGUCAACACCAUGCGAGGUGUAUGGGACCACCCUCAACUUCGAGCCAGGCGUCGCUGGACGCAGGUCGACACUCCCAAGGGCGUCGUACCGGCGCCGUUGCCGCCCGGGUUCGUUCAUGUGGAUGACGGCGCUGAGGGGUUGCGUCCGAGGAUGGACAAGGUGCCGGGAGUGGGAGAACAUAACCAGAAGAUCCUGAAAGAGCUGGGGUUGGAGAACUAA